GGAACAUCAGCUCAGUGCGUCACUCGCAGCAUCCUGCGGAGCAUGUCCGUGAGUCUGGCCGCCACCCUCAUCACCAACAGCAAUACCGGAAUCAAACUUGAUGAGCAGAUACGGGUCACCGAGUUUUGCAGAGGGCAAUUCUGGCAACACUUUCACUGAUGAAAUCUGCCUCCUCGAGGAAGACUGGCAAAGGUGAAUGCUGGCCUCUGAGAUAAAGAAAACAAGCGCGGUCAUCUGUAAACAGAGGGGGGAUGCUCCUCAGCCGGGACAUCUGCUCUUUGGUUUGACUUGCAUGUUAAAACAGACGAGCAGCUGUGAAUCAGCUGACUGCAAAUACCAACCUGAGGUGCAAGCCUGAGCUUUCACUAAGACGAGUAAGUGGCAAACUUCGCUCACAGGCUCCUUCUGGUUGCGUUCCAAUGCUUGAUCUUUGCUGUAUUUUGUAAUAAAACCAUGAACUUCCCCUACUAUUAGAGGGUGCAAAGAAGAGAAGUCACUGACUAAAAAAAGUAACAGUGCAGGUCAGAUGAAUCAUCCAGCAUUGCAGCGUCAGGUGAUUCUGCGGCACAUGAGGGCUGGGGAACCUGCUGCAUUUCAUGCGCAUACUUGUUUGUCUGAACACACCAAAUAUGUUCAGAAUGGACUUAGAUUUGAAUAUUCUCAGCUGCUCACGAGGGUUUAAAGUAAACAGUUUAUUUAUCUGAGGACGGAAGCGUUCCUAAGUUGAACGCCUGAUGUGACUGCUGCGCACAUGACGAUCUUCAUUUUUAGGAAGCGCUGGAAAGGGCAAACGCAUCACUGUGUUUGCGUUAGUGUGGGAAGGCCAGUGCCUGCCUGUGUGUGCUUGUGGCUCGUUGCUACAUUUGUAAGAAAGAGAACAAUACAGUAAAUCACGUAAACAAAUGCGGUAUACGUUACCAGAUAAAACUGACAUCAUAUGAUGCUUCAUUGUGUCCCUAAAAUAUGGGGAAAAUGGUUAACAAGAGCAAACGUGUCAAAAAAAUGUAUAUAAAGGGGGAUUUAUGCAGGGAGUGGAACAUCUUUUAUCUUGCAGCCUUUCAGUUAUCAUGUGUGGGGGAGAGAUGUGCAUGAGAGAUAAACUGAGAAAUGUAUUUGGCUGUAGGGCUUAAUGAUGGAAAGCAAUCUGUUUACACACAAUGCAGACAGAAAAAAACUUCAGUGGCUGAGACGUCAUCUCCAAAUUCAACCCUUGCCCAUCUGCACUAGGUUCAAUUCUGUCCUAAUGUUUCUCUCUUUUUGAAGCCUGUCCUCACUGUUUUCCCUUUCACAGGGCAAGAAGACUAACCUGAGGCUCUUCUCGCCAGCCAUGUCGAGCGAACGCACCCCUCUGAUCGCGUCAGGGGUGUGCGGUCUGUCUGUGACCGCGGCGUCAUGCAGCACAGCGCCUGACGCCACCUCUGAGUCUGGCUCUGGGACUCCCAGCAGAGACCCUCGUAAACUGAACACCUUUUUCGGGGUGAUGGUGCCAACCAUCCUCUCCAUGUUCAGCAUUGUGCUGUUUCUGAGAACAGGGUUUGUGGUUGGUCAUGCGGGGCUGUUACAGGGUCUAUUAAUGGUGAUUGUAGCCUACACCAUUAUAUCUCUUACAAUACUGUCCAUCUGUGCCAUUUCCACUAAUGGUGCUAUACAAGGCGGCGGAGCCUACUACAUGAUCAGUCGGUCUCUGGGCCCAGAGUUUGGAGGAAGCAUUGGUUUGAUGUUCUUCCUGGCCAAAGUGUGUGCAUGUGGAGAGUAUGUUCUUGGUCUUGUGGAGGCCAUACUUGACGUAUUUGGCUCAGAUCCUGAGUCAUCUGUGUCCAGGGGGAUGCAAGUACUUCCUCAGGGUUACUGGUACACAGUGCUAUACUCUUCAGUAGUUCUUCUGCUGUGUCUGCUUGUGUGUCUGGUGGGCGCCCACAUCUACUCCCGCACCGCCUUCGUCAUCCUGCUGGUGGUCACCGUAUCCUUGCUGUCCAUCUUCAUCAGUUCCGUGGCGGUCAAACCUCGUGACUUUGUCAUCACCCACCAGGGACCGGGCAACCAGACCCUCCGCUACAAUGCCAGCUACACGGGCUUCAGUGCUACCACGCUUAGGAACAACCUGGGCUCUGGUUACUCUUUGGACUACAGCACCAAUUCUGUCAUGUCUUUUGCCACCGUGUUUGCCGUCAUGUUCACCAGCUGCACUGGGAUCAUGGCUGGAGCCAAUAUGUCAGGGGAGCUGAAGACUCCGAGUGUUUCCAUCCCUAAAGGCACCAUCGUAGCCGUUUUUUACACUUUCACAGUCUACGUCCUCCUCUUCAUCCUGACCAGUGCCACCUGUGACAGGACCCUGUUGAUUCAGGAUUAUGGGUUCUUCCAGCGAAUAAACAUCUGGCCACCGUUCGUCACUAUCGGGAUAUUCUGCGCCUCGCUGUCAGCUGCAAUGUGCGCUAUGAUUGGGGCAUCACGUAUCCUCCAUGCUCUCGCUCUGGAUCACCUCUUUGGUCUGCCAUUAGCCCCGGCUGCCGUCACAUCAAGCUCGGGGAAUCCAUGGGUGGCAGUGCUGUACACCUGGGGCCUGGCACAGUGUGUAGUGUUUGCAGGCCAGCUCAAUGCAGUAGCAGGUUUGGUGACUGUUUUCUACUUGCUUGCCUAUGCCGCAGUUGACCUGGCCUGUUUGGCUCUUGAGUGGGCGUCAGCACCAAAUUUCAGACCGACCUUCCAGCUCUUCUCCUGGCACACCUGCCUGCUGGGGAUUCUGAGCUGUUUAGUCAUGAUGUUCGUCAUUAACCCUGUGUACUCCUCAGGCAGCAUCAUCCUCCUGUUACUGCUGCUCCUUUUCCUCCACUACAGAUCACCCACCAGCAGCUGGGGCUACAUCAGCCAGGCCCUCAUUUUCCAUCAGGUGCGUAAGUAUCUGUUAAUGCUGGAUGUGAGGAAAGACCAUGUGAAGUUCUGGAGGCCGCAGGUGUUGUUAAUGGUGGCCAACCCUCGCUCUUCCUGUCAGCUCAUCCUGUUUGUCAACCAGCUGAAGAAGGGAGGGCUGUAUGUGUUGGGACACGUGCAGCUGGGAGAUCUGGACACUUUGCCGUCAGACCCGAUCCAGCAGCAGUAUAACUUCUGGUUGAGCCUAGUUGAUAAACUCGGGGUGAAGGCUUUUGUAGAUCUGACGCUGUCGCCAUCUGUCAGACAGGGAACCCAGCAUCUGCUGCGCAUCACGGGCUUAGGUGGCAUGAAGCCCAACACACUGAUUUUGGGUUUCUAUGACAGCUGCACUCCUGAGGACUUCUUUCUGCACGAUACUGCAUUCUGUGACUCAUCAGUAGGACGAAGUAGUGAGGGAGAAUAUAAUUUUGGGGUUGACUUGCCUUCUCUACAGGCCCAUUUCCCCCCAGUCCGACACGUUGAGAGCCCACGCUGGCUAUCACCAGAGGAGUAUGUUGGGAUCAUUUCUGACGCCAUAAAAAUGAACAAGAACGUUUGCCUUGGCCGCUAUUUCUUCCAGUUAGAGGGAGAGGAUAAAGAUAGUAAGGUCGACGGAUCAGAACGGACUAUAGACGUGUGGCCUCUCAACCUGCUCCAGCCAGGCAGCCGUGAUUAUGAGGACGUGUGCAGCCUCUUUCUCCUGCAGAUGGCCUGUGUGCUCAACAUGUCCAGCAAAUGGCGCCACGCAAGAAUGAGAAUCUUCCUGAAUGUGGAGACUGAGUCUAGCGACCAGGGCUGGGUGGUAAAUGAAGAGACCUUUCGAGAGCUGCUGAGGAAGCUGCGGAUCAGGGCGUCGAUAAAGAUCGUUCCGUGGGACUCUGUGGUGCAGCACCACACUCAGCCAGACGGGGAGCAUUCUGCAGAGCAGACGCAGGCUCUCUCCGAGGGCUUCUUGUUGGCGGUGAACUGUAUGUUAAUGGAGCACAGCUCUCAAGCUGCUGUUCGCUUCCUGUAUUUACCUCGACCUCCUGCUCAUCACAGCCAGUCACAGCAGUACGUAGCUCAGCUAGAGGCAGUGACCAGUGGUUUAGGGCCAACGCUCCUGAUUCAUGGUGUCACCCCGGUCACAUACACUGAUCUCUGAGGAGUUUUGUUCAUUUGAUAUUGUACAUGCAGCAAAGUCUUAUCUGAGUACUUAUUUGGGUGAAGUAUAAACUCUAGGAUCAUUUCCUAUUUUCCUAUACUUGAACUGGGUUGGUGAUUGAGCCAAGAAAUGGGAGAAUACUAACAUUUUAGGUCAUGUUUUAUGUUGAUAUAACCUCUUACUCGCAUUAGCUUUAGGCCUGUCUUUUCACAUAAGACAGAUAAUACUGUGUCAAAGACUCUUCAGAACAAAAACACUUUGUUUUGAGCGUUACAGGUUUUCUAGGACACUGAAUAUAGAAAUGUCUAUAUAGGAUGUCAGGGAUGAAAUUAUGAAUUUGCAGUGUGAUACCAAUUGACCAUGGUAAAAAUUUUCUUGGUUCAGUUUUGAAAUGGUUUUGUAUUCAUUCAUAACGAUUGUUCUUUUGAAUUCCUUUGUAUAUUUGCUGCUUGCUUUUACCUUCAUUCUGACAUGUCUGCUGGCUGUUGGACCAAGUGAUCAAAAGCCUUUUUGUUGCUGCUCUGACGUGAGUUCUGAUUUUUGUUUUCCGUGCACUUAUGCAAACAUUUUUCUUUCGCUGUUAAAUGUGCAGCUCCAGUCUUCACAAAGGGAACCGUUGUGUACAUUUGACCUCAGAAUGAUGAAUGGCAUUUGUUGCUGUUGUAAAAAAGAAACAUAUUGGAUUUUUGUGCAUCACAAUGCAGACCGUCAAAAAUACACCAAAAAGGGUCCAGUCUAUGUCAGGACCAAGGAUGAUUCAGUCCAAGUCAAGAUUGAAACCAGAGCAAGUUUUCAUAUUUUUACUCAGCAAUUAAUUAACCAUAUUUACGAAAUGCAGAGUAAAUGUAACUGCACUGUUGGUAUGUUUUGUGUUAUAGCGUUCAACACUGCAUGGAUCU